UCAUUAUUACAUUCUUUCAUGGUGGGGAUUACAUGUAUGCCGAGAAUUCAGCUGAUAUGUUACUGGGUUGGGAUUAGACAGAGAACAGUAAAGUGUUGUUAUGUAACAGUAUUUGACGGAGGAUUUCAACAUAUAGAAGUCGUUUGACUUUUUUUAAGCGCAGGGUUUAUUUCGCGCAGUUUGUCCUUCGCUGCCUCCCGUACCAAAACAAGGAAGUAAAGGUGAAGGAAGGGAGGUACACAGCGAAACCAGAGAAAAUCUAUAAAAUACGCAUUUACGGCUGUAACUAGCUACAUGGCUGUGCUAUAAAACACACAUUUAUUAUCUAGCAUAGUCAAAACGCGUGUUUUAUUUUCAUAACCACCCUUGCUAUGUUGUUAAAAGACAGCUAACGAGGCUAACCUGUUAGCUAGGAGUUAGCAGCGGCGCUGAAAGGUGGUGUUAAUAUUGCCUGUUGAUAAAAUGGCGCAGAGCAUGUUUCGGACCGGGGUUCUGGUCCGGGCCACACACACCGUGCUGACCUGGGUCAUUACCCUCAUCCUGUUCCUGCAUGACACCGAUCUGCGGAAGUGUGAGGAGCGAGGAGAGCUGCUGCUGCCGGCUCUGUUCUUCCUCGUGGUCGUGCUGUCGGUGCUGUUAUACUUUGCAGUGUCUUUAAUGGAUCCAGGCUUCGUUCUUACUGACACUGUGAAGGGUGCUCAGGGUUCAAAUGAGGAAAUGGAGUCGAUGAUUCCUCAGGCUUCGACCCCUCGGCUGCGGCGCUGUGGAUACUGUCUGCUGCAGCCAAUGAGAGCGAAGCACUGUCAGACGUGUAAACGCUGCGUUCGGCGCUUCGACCACCACUGCCCCUGGAUCGAGAACUGUGUGGGAGAGAGGAACCACCGCUGGUUCAUCGUCUACCUGCUGGUGCAGCUGCUCGCUCUGCUGUGGGCUCUUCACAUCGCUCUGUCUGGAGUUUCGCCCAGCGUCACGUGGGAGCUGUGGUUCAGGGUGAACGGGUUCCUGCUGGUGGCGCUGGGCGUUGUCGGGGUUUUCUCCAUGGUGGUGCUGCUGCUGCUGUGCUGCCACCUCUACCUGGUCUCCAUCAACUGCACCACCUGGGAGUUCAUGUCACGUCACCGGAUCUCGUACCUGAAGAACUGCGGAGACGAGGAGAACCCGUUCGACCGCGGCGUCUUCUGCAACCUGUGGGAUUUCUUCUGCAUCUGCAGGACGGUGGUCUGGGAGCAGGUCUACCACAGAAACACCCCAAACCCGGUGUAGCCUCACGGAGACUGGUGUCAGAUGAACUUGUGGUUCCUUUUGGCUUUUUGUGUUUGACUGCGAUGGAUGCUUUGUGUGCAGGAGAACAACUCUGGACCAUGAAGUUAUACACUAUUAUACACUAGAGCAGACAUACAGAUCAGAAGACACUACUCCAGUGAAAAGUCCUGUAGCUGAGAAAUAUCUCAGCAUGCAUCAGUUGGAUUGGAGCCACCAUGAGGUUUGUGGUUUUCAGUGAAAUAUCUUGACAACUACUUGAAGGAUUUCUUUGAAAUUUGCCACCGACGUUCACGUCCAACCUCAGGAUGAAUUGUUGUAACUUUGAUGAUCCCUGAACUUCUCAUUUAGCGCCAGCGCUAAAACCGUGCAGUGUCAAAGAAGAAAUUCAGAUCAAACAGCUGCCGCCAUUUUGUUUUUCCUGUCUGUUUUGCCGAAUUCAGCCUGAUGUUUUCGUGGUCGCCAAAUUUCUACCAUCAGGCCUGAACAUGAACGUCAGGAACAGUGAAUGCAGCGUGAACGUGGCCUUUACUCUUGUUUUCAUUCAGGAAAGGAAGCCAAACUCAAAUGUAUCCGUGUUUAAUGUCUUAACACAACACCUCCUCCCGUAUUUACAGUUAACACACAUCAGUGCUGCCACACAGCGUUGGUGUCUUUUAACGCAUGUGGACUGAUGCCUCCGGUGUGUGGGCUUACAUAGAAAAUGAAGGGUGCGGGUGUUUUGAUGCGUCAUACUCUGCCUUUACAGUUACUGUCUGCAAAAACAUAAUUAUGAUUAUGAAUCUGCACUGAUUUUUGGCUCUUGACAGUUUUUUAUAUUUGAUCUUACAAACACAAAAAAUCUUGUGUGUAAUUCUUGAAUAUUUAUUUUAAAUCUCUGGGUGGUUUUUUAUAUUGAUUACAUCUAUACUGAUUACUUUAAGUCCCCUAAUUUAGCGUUUAUAAACUGUACGCAGACAUGCGUGAGUGGCGCAGGGAUGACGUACUUUGUAGGCCAAACCGGAAGUUAGCAUCACCCUGGUUCCUUCGAGAAAAAGAGAGAUUUACUCAUUGGGUUUUGGAUUAUUCCAGAAAUAAACUGUGAGUAGAAACACAACGAGGCUGUAAAGGUGGACUGGUGAGUAGAUGGGUUUUCAUGUUAACGUCCCCGACAACCUCUGUAGUCUCAUUUAGACACUCGUUAGCAACCGCCUUUUUUAAGACACGUAAAAGCUUCAAACAUCAGGAGUGGGGGAUUUACUGACCCAUUUUAUGUCGGAGAAUAAAACCUGAAAAUGUCUUGAGCUUGUGUUAAAACCACAGACCUUAUUUCAGACAUUUAACCAGAAACACACUGACUUUGGGACGAGGGAACAGGAAGAGCUAACAUGCUAACUUCCUGGUUUUAGGACUCGCGCUUCUCGAAGAGAACAACAACAAUGGCGGACUGUCGCCAUCUACUGUCCUGGCAUACGACUGCGUUUUCAAACAUUUUUGCAUUAUCAGGAUCCACAAAGAUCGUCGUCACAAUAUAGUUUUUUUUUAAACGCAAAAAAUAACCGUUUCCGCUUUUCGCAAAACUGUUGUUGUGUAAACAAAGUCCGGCGAAAACAUAACCUCUUUGAUGAAGGUGAUAAAUGGUUCCUAACACACUAUAAAGUGGUUGUACGCAGCUGUCAGGAGCUUUCUGAGUGUUGUACAGUUCCGUAUUUGUCAACUAUCAUAUUACAGCUACAUCACAGUGUGUUAUAAACUAUUUAUUUACUGUUUAUGUACUGAAUAUAAACGCUAAACAAACGACAACAACUCAGGUCUGGUCACCACUUUAUAACACUAAUGGCCUUUACUGUAAAUCUGUUGCAGUUAGUAUCUUAUACCAGUGGUUUAAUGGACUGUAACUGGUUCUGUUUUAAUGUAAGUGAUCAUUUUUUAACUGUUUUAAUUUAAUGGAGUCAAGUAUUUUACAAACUUGUUUUACUGUAUUUGUUCUGUUUGUAUUUAUUGACAAGAAGAGUACAUUAAAACACUGAUGAUAUAUG